AUGACGAUGGCUACGUUUCGCCGGCUUUUGCCCCGUUCUGCCCGAUUGAUGCCAUGGCAGUCUCCUGGCACGCUGCUACAGCGCGGGCUUCGGCCGAUGAGCAACCGUCCAGAUGUGCAGGAGUUUGACCCGCUGUCAUUCAUCGUCGUGGAGGCCAAGCACGACAAGCCUGGAGUGCUAGGGGAGAUCAUGCAGCUCUUUGCCAGCUGCGACAUCAACCUCACUCACAUCGAGUCCCGGCUGAAGUCCUUCACGCGCGAUGGGCCCUCCUUCCAUAUCGACUUCCAAGGCCCCGUGGAGGAGCCCAAGAUUCAGCGCCUCAUGAAGGAGAUCAAAGUGCUUUCCGGUGUUUACAGUGUGGAGGCCAUGACUCCCCGGGAGGUUCCCUGGUUCCCCUUGAACAUCCGUGACCUGGACCUUACGGUGGAUACUUUGGACGGAGGAUCGGCGCUGAUCAACGAGGACCAUCCCGGCUUCAGCGAUGCGGAGUACCGGGAAAGGAGAGAUCGCAUCGUCCGGCUGGCGAAGACUUACCGCCACGGCGAUCGCUUGCCCUUCAUCGAGUAUACCGACAAAGAGGUUUCAACUUGGCAGGCCGUUUACGAGCGACUGCAAGAUUGCCACGCGAAGUGGGCUUGCAGCGAGUACAGAGAUAUGCUGCAGCAGAUGGAGAAGUAUUGCGGCUACAGGGCGAACAACAUUCCGCAGCUGGCUGAUAUCUCAGACUUCCUGCAGCAGCGGACAGGUUUCACCUUGCGCCCGAUCAGUGGCCUGCUGUCCGCACGCGACUUCCUGAAUGCGUUGGCCUUCCGGGUUUUCUAUUCGACGCAGUACAUCAGGCACCAUGGAAACCCUUUCUACACUCCAGAGCCAGAUGUUUGUCAUGAACUUUUGGGUCACGUCCCUCUCUUUGCGAAUCCGGCCUUCGCGGAUUUCUCGCAAGAGAUAGGCCUUGCAUCUCUGGCAGCCUCCGACGACGAUGUCACACGCCUCGCCUCGGUGUAUUGGUUCACCGUGGAGUUCGGAUUGCUGCGCGAAGGUAGCGACUGCAAAGCCUUCGGUGCUGGCUUGCUCAGCUCUUUCGGUGAGAUGGAGUGGGCCUGCGAUGCGGAUCCCUCCGAGGAGUGCCGCGAGAUGGGAAGCAUGAAGGACCUGGCGAAGCCGACGAUUCUGUCCUUAGAUCCCGUCCAGGCUGCCAAGCAAGAGUACCCGAUUACAACUUACCAGCCGGUGCUUUUUUGCGCAGACAGCUUGCAGGAUGCCAAGACCAAGAUCUCGCACUUUUGCGACUCCUUGACGCGGCCGUUCUUCCCACAGUAUGACCCUCUGACGCAAAACAUUCGCGUCACCAAGUCCGUGCAGCGAGCUCCACGAAACUCUACUGUGGAGCUUCAGCGGAAGAAGCAGCGUCAGUUCUUUGAGGACAGACAAUCGAGCUGA